UAUCCGAUACGGAUACCACGUAUCCCCGAUUAAAUGGGCCGAAAACUUCGGAUCGGAAACGUUUCCGCGCCUGGAUUCGGCCCAGCCGGCCCAACAUCACAGCACAUCCCACCUCCUGCCCUACUCCCGUGACCCGUCGGGCGUCGGCUCUCCCACGCGCAGCCGCCUCACGCAGCGCAUCGCCGCAUCCUCCCGCUCGACCUGACGGCUGACGCAGCGCCUCCGCCUCUCGUCGGCCGCCGUCCGCUGGCCGCCGUCCGUGAGGCCGCCUUCUGCCAGCCGCCGUCCGCCUCCCGCGGCCACGGGCCGCGAGGCCGCCUCCCGCCGGCCGCAGGCUGCCUCCCGUCGGCCUCCGUCCGCCCGUGAUUACUCCCGUCGGCCUCCGGCGUAAGGAGCCCCAGCCCCUGUUCAGAUAGGAUUAUGGAUGCGAAAGAGAAGCCACAGAUGACCAGCAGCAUGCCGCAGCGGCGUCCGGACUGCAUAAAGUGCUUUGAUGCUCUGUGGUUUUGCUACUCGCCAUUCCACCAGAUGCAGAACUACUACCGGUAUGGGGAGUUUGACAACUGCUUUGGCAAGUGGGGUGACCUUGUGGACUGCCUCGCUCUCAAGACGAAGCGGGCUGCAGAGGCGGAGGAGAUCCUCAUCGCGCGGGAGAAGGCCAAGCCACACAUCUGGACCUUCCGGACAGUCGAUGAAGCGUCAGAGAACUGGUGGAGGAUGUAUAAGCAUCUUGUGUUGAUGUCACCACCACUGCCAGGUGCUGCGCAGCCUCCUCCCAAGUCUGAUAAAUCUUGAGAGUUGAGGAUGUUUCUGCAAGUGUUCUGUUUGUGUUUAUGUUGCAUUUUGAUAUUAGCGGUGAGUUCUGUUGAAAUCUGGUUGUAAGUUACACACCUAUAAAGUGGAAUCAUUGAGUUAGAAAGACAACUAUCUGAUGAAUUCUGAAUAACUGGGACUUGGAUUCUUAUUGGAUUUGGAUCAGAACACAAUAAAGCUGCUUAUGUAGCGGCGUUUCCCAUUACGAAUAUGUAACACAUCUAUACUGUCAUGAUCAAGUUUUGUGGUAAGGUAUUGAACCAACGUAAUGGAAUCAUGAAGGAUCUGUAAA